AUGACCACUCUCCAGGACGGCCGUCAGUCUGAUCGCCUCGAGGGCUACACCAAAAAGUGGAAGAAGGAUCUCAAGUCUGAGGAGGCGGCCGACACCGCGAACCGUCUGGACACGUACCAGGACGUCGUGAACGGCUACUACGACGGCGCGACGGAAUUGUACGAAUAUGGCUGGGCGCAAUCUUUCCACUUCUCGCGCUUCUACCCCGGCGAGGCGUUCGCCGCAUCGCUUGCCCGUCACGAGCACUACCUCGCCGCCCAGAUGACGCUCCGGCCCGGCAUGCGCGUGCUCGACGUUGGCUGCGGUGUCGGCGGCCCGGCACGCGAGAUCGCGCGCUUCGCCGACGUCAACAUUGUCGGCCUCAACAACAACGACUUCCAGAUCGGGCGCGCACGGAAGUACACCAAGAAGGCCGGUCUCGAGAGCCAGGUCAGCUUCACCAAGGGCGACUUCAUGAAGCUCGCUGAGCAGUUCGGCGAGAACUCGUUCGACGCUGUGUACGCUAUCGAGGCAACCGUGCACGCACCGUCUUUCGAGGGCGUGUACGGCGAGAUCAUGAAGGUGCUGAAGCCGGGAGGCGUUUUCGGCGUGUACGAAUGGGUAAUGACCGACGCCUGGGAUCCGUCCAUCCCCGAGCACAAGGAGCUCGCGCACGAGAUUGAGCUCGGCAACGGUAUCCCUGAGAUGCGUCACCGCAAGGUCGCACGCGACGCGCUCGUCAAGGUCGGCUUCGAGAUCCAGCACGAGGAGGAUCUGGCGGAGCGCGAUGACCCGGUACCUUGGUACUACCCUCUCGAGGGUGACAUCCGCAAGGCGCAGACGACGUGGGAUUACUUCACCGUCUGGCGUAUGUCUUGGUCCGGCAAGCUUGUCACCCACAACGCUAUCCGCAUCAUGGAGUGGUUCGGCAUUGUGCCCAAGGGCACACACGAUGUCGGUGAGGCGCUCAAGGUCGCUGGCGACAGUCUUGUCCGCGGUGGUCAGACCAAGCUGUUUACGCCCAUGUACCUCGUCGUCAGCCGCAAGCCGGCCCAGCAGUAG